UAUCCAAAUAUAUAUUACAUUCCACUUACACACACGCGUCAUUAACACAUAAUAAUAUAUAUAUGAGCAAGUACGGUAGGUAGUAGAGUUCAUUAAUAACUAGCUAGGUCGACCCCUUUUCCCACUUUAGCUACUCAAUAAUAUUGUACUGACUACGUGAGAUUCCGAAUAUUCUACACCUAUUGUCCAUUCAUAUUCCUCCCUCUUACCAAUAUAAAUCCCCCCAUCUCACCCCACGUAUUCAUCAUUACGACUAAUUAGUUACAUAUAUAUUCUGGAUCUUAACCCCAUUUCUUGACAAUCUUCAAUCUUACCAUUUCUGUGGCUGUUCUUGUCAAGUAAAAGUAGAGAUAAUGGCUGCAGCGGGGUCUGAGCUUGGUGCCAAGGAGGUGGGUUCAGUCCUGAGAAGUCAUAAGGGUGCGGGCCGUGGAGUCGCCAUUCUGGAUUUCAUCCUCAGACUUGUUGGAAUUGUUGCCACCUUGGCAAGUGCUAUUGCUAUGGCAACAACCAACGAGUCACUCCCCUUUUUCACUCAGUUCAUCAGGUUCAGGGCCAAGUACAAUGAUCUCCCCACCUUCACGUUCUUCGUAGCCGCGAACUCUGUCGUGUGCGCUUACUUAGUUCUUUCUCUAGCGCUAUCCAUCUUCCACAUCGUAAGGAGCAGCGCACAGAACAGCAGGGUGGUCUUGAUUUUCUUCGACACGGGAAUGCUGGGGCUGUUGAGUGCUGGAGCAUCAGCAUCAGCAGCAAUAGUAUACUUGGCGCACAAGGGGAACACUCGAGCCAACUGGUUUGCCAUUUGCCAGCAGUUCAAUUCUUUCUGUCAGCGAACUUCGGGUUCUCUGAUUGGAUCCUUUGGAGGGAUGAUUGUUCUGGUACUCUUGAUUUUGAUGUCGGCUGCAAAUCUCUCGCGCAGCCGUUGAUUCUGGGCAUGGUUGUGAUUAAUGUAUAUAUCUGAUUUCUGUUGGUUUAUGUUUCGUCGGAAAAUUGUCUGCUGUUGGUUUAUUACCAAUUAAAGGCAGUGUUGUGUUAUUGUCAUUGUUGUUUUCAUGUCUAAUGAAAUUUCUAUUCUGU